AUGGAUAAGGACCGGGCCCUUCAUCACCCGAGUCCGCCCGCUAGAACGGAGGAGCUGAUCUCUUGGAAGCCCCCUCCUCCUGAGUGGGUUACUCUCAACUCUGAUGGCUCCGUACACCAUGGCACAGGCUCUGCUGCUGCGGGGGGCCUGUUGCGAGAUCAUUCAGGGCGCUGCAUUGCAGCGUACACGAUUAGCCUGGGGAUCUGUUCGAUCACCAGAGCUGAGUUGAGAGGCGCUGUGGAAGGACUUCAACUGGCUUGGGAUCUGGGAUACCGUCGCGUGAGGGUGGAGCUUGACUCUCGAUGUGGCAUCCAUCUUAUCAGCAGCAACGCGAACCCGGACCAUCAUCAUGUGUCGAUCAUUGACCGCCUCCAAGCUUUAGCUAGGUGUGAUUGGGAAGUUGUUUUCUCUCAUGUGUAUAGAGAGGGUAAUAAGUGUGCUGACUUUCUUGCGAACUAUGGCCAUUCUAUGCCUUUAGGUUUUCAUUUCGUUCCUGCUAGCGACCCCAUGCUGAUGUAUUGGACCUUGUAUGAUUCUCAAGGGCUCUCUGAGUCCCGUCUGGUUAUGAAUGAAGGUUAG